AAUCCUGCAGCCCGCGCGUGCUCCUAGCUUGCCUGCCCGCGCCAAGUCUCCGGCUUUUUCGGGGUUGGUGCCGAAAGAGGCGCGAUGGCCAAGGAGAGCUGCGUCCGCGACGUCGGUCGCCCAAAACUCUGGGAUCUGGAAAAGGGCUUAGCCGGGGAGCCUCUCGCGAAGAAGAAGAAGGGCGAAGCCAACGUCCCAAAAGGCAGGGGGUGGCAGCCGGAAGCCCGCGUUUCGACCGUCUUCGGAUCUGGGGGGUUGGGGAACCUUUCGGACACCCACCGCCUCUUGGCCGCCGGCCUGGAAACGUUGCAGGAGUCAGAACUGAAGGCUUUCAAGGAGCAACUCCACGAGUUCCCCGUCCGGGAGGGCUUCGUCAAUAUCCCCAACCGCUUGCUGGAGGAGGCAAAACCGUGGAGCCUCGGCACCCUGCUCCUCAGCUACUAUGGCGCGGAUUAUGCUUUGGAGCUGAAGGACGAGGUGCUCAUGGCCAUCGGCUGCGAGUCCCAGGUCGACAGGCGCAGCUCUUUCGUCGGGAACGCUGCAGACACAUCUUUCUUCAACGAGUGGGAUUCCAGGCAUCAGCCGGCUAAAAGUUUAUCCAGUCCAAACUUUUACUCAUUUUUAACGGAGAGCAAAGCUUCAUCAGGAAGCAGCACCAAAGGAUCCCUGGAUACAGUCACAAUGUCUAGUGAUGAGAUGAUUUGCAAGGGAAGAAAACAAUUACUUGACAUCCUGGAAAAGCACCUAGAAAUUUUUUUUGUAAUAUUACUCUCCCACUACGUCCUCACAGUGAAGGAAUAUGAUGACUUGUGGAAAAUGAAGGAAGAUUCCACAAUAAAAAUUCAAAAAUUGCUGGCUAUAAUCCAGGGAAGGGGGGAAAGCGUUUGUUGCCGGUUCCUGGAAUGUGUAGAAAUAAUACGUCCAGGUUCAAAGAAGGUCCUGCAAUAUGCAGUAUAUGGCGAGUCCUCCCAGGCCACACCACCCAGACCCAUGCGCGCCGAACUGGUCCGCGUUGCGCACGUUUCCAUGCAGACCACCAUGCUGCCCCAGUCUACCCAGACAACCAGUCUGGAGGAUCUUAUGGCCAGGAUGGAGAUCUUGGACAGCAAAAUUACCACCCUAGGUCAGCAUUUUGAGGAGCGCAGGAAGUCCAUGCAGGACACCAUCCGAAAGAUGGAGACCUCAUGGAUUCCUGCUCUGCACCACAGAUUGCAUGUUGUGGAGGCAGGACAACAGGGUUCCGCCAAGUUGGCAGGCCAGCUGGUCGAUGACCAUGAAAACGAGUGCAACUACCAGAGGCUGCCCAAACCCCCUGGGACCUUCAGGCCUCUGACGAUUGGCUCUGGCUAUUUUGUCCAAAAGAUAGAUGAUGUUGAUAUCCAUCCCAGGAAAUUGAAGUUUCAACACCUGGAUGCAAACAUGGAGCAACAGUACCUUGAACUGUACACUCGGCACAUUCAAAAUGAGCUGGAGCUCAACCUGAUGGAGAAGGGCAAGCCUGAACUUGACUGGGAGGCCCAUGUGGGACGAGACCUGCAUUUCAUUGACCAGCACCGGGAACAGCUGAUCCAGCGGACCACCAAUGUUGAAGGGGUCCUGGAUGUGCUGCAUGGCACCAUCCUAGAUGAGGAGCAACACCAAAAAAUCUCCUCGAGGGGAACCAACCCAGAAAAAAUGAGGGAGCUCUAUAGGCUGGUGCCAAGUUGGAACCGUGCUUGCAAGGAGUGGCUCUAUGAGGCACUGAAGACCAAACAUCCUCAUCUCAUUGAUGACCUUGAAAGGAGAUCAGAAGACAGACUCCAGCUUUCAUCUAUCUUGUUGCGCCUUUCUGCUUCACUCUGCCAGCCCAAUCCUCACAAAGAUAAAGCAGCAAACAAAAUGAAAUGCCCAUGGCUGAGUUCAGGCAUCCAGGCACCGGACGAUUGCCGGGAGCUUUCGGGGAAAUGGAAAGUGUCGUCCCAAGAAGUUCCCCGCCCGAGGAAUGAGGAAGUGAGGGGAGGGAAGCGUGGCCGGGAAUCGGGGACUCCGCCUCAGCCGCUCUCUGGCGUGUCCCGGGUUGGCGCUGGAAGGGGCGCGAUGACAAAGGAGACCUCCGUCCGCGCCCUGUGA